AAUCAGCCUUUCGGACUAGCCGUCCAGCGGUCCCGUCCUACGGGGGCCUUCCGCUGCCCGGACUCUUAACGGCAAUCAUGGAUCUAACUCUAUGGCAAUACCAGUUCCGCAUCAUCAUGCUGGGGGACUCCACUGUGGGCAAGUCCUCAAUGUUAAAACGGUACACAGAGGACCUGUUUAUGGAGUGCAUCAAUGAGACGGUCGGUGUGGACUUCUACGUACAUUUCCUGGAGGUGGAACCCGGUGUGAGAAUCAAGCUGCAGUUCUGGGACACAGCUGGCCAGGAAAGAUUCAGGUCAGUGACUCGUUCCUACUACCGUAACUCUGUCGGCGGUCUGUUGGUAUUUGACUUGGGAAACCGUGCCUCUUUUGAACACAUUCGAGAAUGGCACGCAGAGGUGUGUGCAAGGGUACAGCCUCACGUGGUGCUCUUUGUACUCGUGGGUCACAAAACUGACUGUAUCAGUGCGGGUGGGCGAGCGGUGACCAGGGAUGAGGCUGAAAAGCUCGCUAGCAAGCUGGGGGCUCCAUACAUCGAAGCCUCGUCGAAGACCGGCCACAACGUGGUUGCUGCUUUUGAGCUGCUCACCCGUCGAGUGUACCAAGGUUUGCUGAGUGGAGAAAUACAGUUACGUGAAGGCUGGGACGGAGUCAAAAGCUCAGCUCCACGAGCCCUACUACAACAGCAGGCCCAGCAAGGUCAGCAAAAUAAAGACAGUAAGCGCUGUGCCUGUUAG